UUACAUUUAUAUAGUUUCUACCAACAGUAUAAUUUUAGAUGAACUCCUUGAAAACAAAAUUCAUUUUAAUUGCCAAGUACUUCAAAAUAAAAUUAUUUGUAGCAGCUCGUUACUAAUUACUUCAUGCAUUAUAAUGAUUUAUGUUUUAUUCUUAAAUGAAACCUAAUUUAUGAAAAUCCAACGAUAGAAUAUUGUAGGUCAGAAAAUUGUUGAAACCACGAUGGUGUCAUGUGUUCCUAUAUGAGCACUUUAACAACAAUAUAAAACUUCACAGACCUUUGCUCUUUGCUUACGUUCCCGCGCUUUUAAUUUGUUGACAUUUUGUAAGAAAUAAGACUUUGAAUUGUCUAUAAAUAUGGGUAUUUUGGGCUUGGCGAAAAUUAUUGCUGAUAUCGCUCCGUUUGCUGUCAAAGAAAAUGAAAUCAAAAAUUAUUUUGGCAGGAAGGUAGCCAUCGAUGCCUCGAUGAGCCUCUAUCAGUUCCUCAUCGCUGUGCGGAGCGAAGGGGCUCAGCUGACGUCCGUGGACGGGGAGACCACGAGCCACCUGAUGGGAACCUUCUACCGGACGAUCCGCCUGAUCGAGAACGGCAUCAAGCCGGUGUACGUGUUCGACGGCAAGCCGCCGCAGCUCAAGUCGGCGGAGCUGACCAAGAGGGCAGAGCGCCGGGAGGAGGCCCAGAAAGCCCUGGAGAAAGCUGAGGAAGCAGGUGAUGCGGAGCAGGUUGAAAAGUUCAACCGCCGACUCGUCAAAGUCACCAAGCAACACGCGGAUGAGUGCAAGGAGCUGCUCAAACUGAUGGGUGUUCCUUUCAUUGAGGCGCCGUGCGAGGCGGAGGCGCAGUGCGCGGCGCUGGUCAAGGCGGGGAAGGUGUACGCCACGGCCACGGAGGACAUGGACGCCCUCACGUUCGGCUCCAGCAUCCUCCUGCGACACAUGACCUUCAGCGAGGCGCGCAAGAUGCCCAUCCAGGAGUACCACCUAGACAGAGUCCUGGAGGGCCUGGGGCUGAACCAGCGGGAGUUCAUCGACCUGUGCAUCAUGAUGGGGUGCGACUACUGCGACAACAUCCGGGGGAUCGGCCCCAAGCGCGCCAUGGACCUCAUAAAGCAGCACCGAAGCCUGGACGCGAUCCUCGAGAGCCUGGACACCAGGAAGUACCCCCCGCCGGAGAACUGGAUCUACAAGGAGGCCCGCCAGCUGUUCCUGGAGCCGGAGGUCGCGGACCCAGAGUCCGUCGAGCUGAAGUGGGUCGAUCCGGACGAAGAAGGCCUGGUGAAGUACCUGUGCGGGGACAAAGCCUUCAACGAGGACCGGGUGCGCAACGGGGCCAAGAAACUGGCCAAGGCCAGGACCGGCACCACGCAAGGUCGGCUGGACUCCUUCUUCAAAGUGCUGCCAACCAACAACGCAGCCAACAAGCGCAAGGUGGAAGAGAAGAAAGGCACCAACAAGAAAGCUAAGACUGGCGGAAAAUUCAAAAAGCCCAAGUGAAGUGUGGUGAGACAUUUGUUUCAAUUUUUAUUUUUAACAUGUACAGUUUCUUUCUUUACAAAAAAUAAUUCAGUGUGAAAUACAUUUUUUUAAAUAAAUAAUUUAAAAAAGAUAA